AUGUUACGUGGUAAAAACAUCCUUCAAAAGCUAGCUUGCAGUGUUCUGCUCGCCCAAUCAAUAGCAACCGCCGCCAAAACCAGCCGCAGUCUUAAAGAGGCCGAGCUAGCCGAAAAAGCCGGAUUUAUUGUCUUUGCCGCCCCAGUUGUCUGGGAUAGUUUAACCUUCCUCACCUACACCCAGAACAAAACACCACACACCAUGGUUCGCCAAGUCAAGCCAAUCAUCGCCGAAAACAUCAAAACACUCAAAGCUAUUAUUAAUGAGUCCGAUACCUUCUCCACCAAACUCGACGAUCUUCUAUACAAGCUUUCCAAAGAAUACGAUAAGGCCACCCCUGAAAAGAACAAGAUCUUCCUUGAAGAUUCAUCCGACCAAGCCAUCCAUAGCCAAGCCAAAGAAAUCAAAACUUUCCAAGCCCAUCUCAAGCAAGAAUUCACCAACAGCUCAUACCUUCUUCUCCAGGAGUACAUCAAGAAACUACUGAACGUCACCAGUAAGGAGCAAGAAUUAAUCUGGAGCAAGUACGAAAAUGUUCUGGCCCAAGUCGCCGAUGCCAUGCAACAUGCCGAAUCCGUACCUAAUGCACUUGAGUCCGCCAAGAAAGAGUUCUUUAUUCAGAUUCAGAAGAUUCUAUUACGCACCGAUGUGAACAUCAAAGAUUUCUACCUAGAAAGAGCCCGAUUUAAUCUCGGCGGAGCUAUGUACACUCCAGGCCUGCUCGCCCAAAUCACCGCCCAACUUACUGAUCAAGACAAAGACUCCUUCGCCCACAAACUCACUAAUUCUCUCCUCGCCCCGAUUUUUGCCCUCAAAACCAAACUCACCUCACUUUCCAACGAAGAAAUCAAAAGCGAAAUCAUCAAGUUCAUCCAAGCCGCCGCCGGCACUCUCCAAGUCUACCCUCUUAAAGAAUCCAUUGAUACUGCCUACAACUUGCGCUCAGAAUCAAUCUGUCGCUACACUAAAACCUCGCCGCAUAAGAAAGAGAUCAGCCAAAGAAUAGAUGAUAUCCAAACAAAAAACAUCCAAAGAAUGCUUCUAGUCCUCCAAACCGCAUCAUCAUCACUAUUCAAGAACUUUAUUAUGCUGGACUCUAAAACCGCCGCCACCUAUACCCAACUUAUCGCCAGCGGCGGCAACGAUGAAAAGAAGAAGAAAGAGAUCAGUACUCAAUUUAUUCUUUUAUAA